UACGUACAUACGUACGUACGUACACAGCUAGAGCUAGCAUAGUUAGUAGGCUGCAUGCUAUGAGCCAAAGCUAUGAGCAGCUUCGACUUGUGUUAUGUCACGCGCGUAAUACUACUCGUAUCUUUGCAGCUCAUCAUGAAUAUUCAUGAUGCGUAUACCUCUGAACCAAUCGGGAGGCAGGAUUUUACCCUCAUAGGUAAACCUGUUUGAGAAGAAAAAAAUUCGCGACCGGGCUACUCCUUUCGUAUAAAAUACAAUUUUGUCUCACCAGCGAUUCAUUAAAGACACUGACAGGCUCGCAUCAAAAGGCCCAUGUCCCGUAUAUAUGGGUUUUCAGCGAUCGAAUAGCAUCAUGUCUGAUCACGGGGAACAAGGAUGGACAAGUACUAUAAAGACUCACCCUUGGACAACCAAUUUCCUCAUCGUGAAGAUGAUUGUUUUCUGCAACAGGAUCUGUGGAAUUGCCUGUGAUGGAGGAAGGACGCCCUCGAGCAUGGGGGCUAUACUAAAGCUAGUUGCAGCCAUCGCUGUGGUAGUGAUUGGUGUUCAAACAGUCAGAGUAUCAGGUAAGAUCACAAACCCGAUUUUCCUCCUACUUACUGCUAAGCCACAGUUGGCGAGGCUGUGCAUGCGAAUUCAUGGAUCACGCCAUCUUUAGCGUGCAGCAGGUAGGCGAUUGAGAUCGCAAUAUAACAUUGUAAAAUACGGCCAAAUUUGUUGACGGGGGCGGAUGGGGGGGGGGGGGGGGUUAGUCUACGCACCUUACAUUUAAAAGAAUGCCAGAUUCCUACACUUACCAAGUUUUUGAAUUUUUCAAGUAAUUUAUGUGAUAUUGAUUUGUCCCAAUUUAUUUGAAGAUGUGACACAUC